AUGCAAGUACAUCAAGGUUCAGACUUUUGUGCAACAAUUGAAAGCAAUGCUCUCAGUUCCAAGCCUCAUGAAGUUCCAAAGGUUGUGAAGGAAAGUGUUGACAAAGACACAAGAGUUGUGAAGGAUAAGGUUGAGAAAGACAAAGGAGUUGAUAAGGGACCAAAGAUUGAGAAGCCACGUCUUGAGAGGGCUAGAGUUGAGAGACCACGUUCUAAGAGACCAAGAGCUGAUAGGCUAGUUCAAGCACCUUGCGUACUUGAUGAGGAAAGCCUCCAAGCUUUGUUUGAUGAGCCACUAGGAAGCGCUCAAAAGGAAGGGGAGGAUGCAGCCUCAAAGGCUCUUGUGGGAGAGAAAAGGAAGAACCCAUCAGCCCAGGUUUCCUCAGCCAAGCCAUCUCAGCUCACAAUGACCUUGUUCCCCACCAAGUUUUAA